ACACCGGAACCGGAAACGCUUCCCACUGGUUGUAGUUCACAUGAAAGUGAAAGUACUCUGUUUUCUCCUGUAGAGUUCUUGGGUCAUUCCAUCUGAACCAGCAGAACCUCUGUAUCCGAAUGAAACCGACUGACCGGACUCUGUUGUGUUCACCGUCUGUGCCUCUUUUUCUCCCAAUUUAUCUCUUAUUAGCUCAGUGAUGCUAACAUUAGCUUAGCUCGUUAGCUGCUAACAGACUUGUUAGUGUGUGAUGGAGACAAACUGUGUUUGUGACAAAUGUCGUGUGGAGAAAAAGUGAAAAAUGUCUAAAGUCCAAAUGGACGAGGAGGAAUCAAAAAAGAAAAAUACGAGACAGCAACAAGAACAGGUCACAGUUUGGAACCCAGAUGUCCUGUCACAUAGUGCAGGGCAUUCUGAAAACAUGCAGCCACUUUUGGCAGUUAAGCAGGUGUGGAGCCCCAGUCUGGACCAGAACCUGACGGACUCAGAACCCCCUCACAUUAAAGAGGAACAAGAAGAAGUGUGGACCGGUCAGGAGCCUGAUAUCACCAUGUUUUCGCCCACUUCUGUCCAUGUGAAGAGAGAAGAUGAUGAGGAAGAAGCUCUGUCCUCACAACUUCAUCAAAGACAAACUGAGGAGCAUGGACAGGAACCACCUAAAGAGGACUGUGGAGGGUCAGAUCCAGUCAACAGCUUCCAUCCACGUAGACAUUUACAAACUAAAAGUGAUGACAAGGCAUCAGACUCUUCUGAUUGUGACACUGAUGACAGUGACUUCUGGAAAGAGACCAGGCCGCAUCACUUAAGUUUAACCUUUGUGAGAAAUGAUGUCUCAGAUGGUUCUAAAACUACUGAGAAUGGCAAACUACCAAAUAUCUCUAAAAGUGGUGAAAAAAUAUUGAAUGGCUGUCAUAAAACAGGCCUUUUAAGGAAUCGUCCAGGAGAGAAACUCUUGAGCUCCUCAUUGUAUGAUGCACAAUGUCCACAAGGAGAAAAUUUUAAUGUUCAGACAGGGAAAGAAACAGAGACAAACCAGAAAAACCUGGACCCCCCACAGGUUAAAGAGGAACCUCAGGACUUUUUGAUCAGUUAUGGACGACAGGAGGAUGAUAUCAAGUUCUCAUCCACUCCUGUCCCUGUUAAGAGUGAAGAUAAUGAAGAGGAUACUCAAUCCUCACAGCUUCAUAAGAACACAGAGGAAACAAAUGGAGAGGACUGUGGAGGAUCAGAACCAGCCAAGGACCCAGAUCCAGAUCGCCUUUUAAAACCAGAUAAUCUGAUGACCUCGGUAUCCUGUAAAAGCGAUGACAGCGUUGACAGUGAUUUUUGGUCGAACAUCAGAAAACCACAGUCAGAUAGAAUGGGAUGCGGCAUCAGUGAGAAAACACUCAGCUUUUUUGAACCUCAAAGCGAUGACAGUGUUGACAGUGAUUUCUGGAAAGAAGUCUGUAAACUCAGAACGACGAUGAAAUCUACCGAGGAGGAGAACAUGACAGAGUAUAACGACACACGCAAAGACAAAAUGAAAACUCAGGACUUCCCUGUGAAAUGUAAAAUGAAACAACAUCUCUGCUCUGAGUGUGGUAAAACAUUUGAGAUUAAGUCAAAAUUGGAGAUGCACAUGAGAGUCCACACAGGGGAGAGACCGUUUCCUUGUUCAGUGUGCGGUAAAAGGUUUAUGCGAAAGUCACACGUUGACGAUCACAUGAAAUGCCACAUAGGAGUUAAACCUUUCCCCUGUUCAGUUUGUCAGAAACAGUUUAGAACCAAACGGCACGUUGAAAGACACAUGGUUGCUCACACUGGAGAGAAAAAGUUUGCUUGUUUUGCAUGUGGUAAAAGAUUUACACGGAAGGAACACUUACGUGACCACAUGAAAAGCCACACGGGAGAAAAACCUUUCAGUUGUUCAGUUUGUCAGAAACGUUUUAGAGAUAAACGUGAUGUCGAAAGGCAUAUGGUCGCUCACACUGGAGAGAAAAAGUUUGCGUGUUUUGUAUGUGGUAAGAGAUUUACACAGAAAGGACAUUUAGUUUAUCACAUGAAACUCCACACGGGAGAAAAACCCUUCAGCUGUUCGGUUUGUCAAAAACGCUUUAGAGAUAAACGGAAUGUUAAAAAACACAUGACUCGUCACAUGUCCGUCAAGCCGUUCAGCUGCUCAGUUUGUCAGAAACGCUUUAAAGGCAAACAGUAUUUUAAGAGACAUAUGAUGAUCCACAGCACAGAGUAGAUGAAGCAUUCUGAAAGUGUGAGGUCAGAAAGAGAGAGAGAGAGACUACUGAUGACAGCACAUAUGGAACAGUUUAGACAAAUUCCAGCCAUUAUAAGUGAAUGGGAAAAAAAGAUUGUAAAAAAUUCAUACAAAUUUUUUUUUAACUCUGACCUACUUUUCCGAAAAUGUAAUCACAUCUGUUAUGGGUCACUGGCAGUCUAUAAACCCAGUUUUGUAUAAAUUCAACCAAUAAUUUUGCUGCUACAGUGUUAACAAGUAAACAAGUUUAUCACAUCAUACACUUACUUAAAGCGUCUGAGUGGAGGACGCGAAUCGUUUGCUGUUCAUUUUUUAUUUUGCAUUAAUUUAUGACAUUAGAAGUAAAAUGUUUGUCAUGCCCAGAGACCACGCUAACACAUUUUAUUUAUUAUAUCUUAUUUACUGAUACUUAUUUUGUAUUUUUGAGUUUUAGUCUCAUCUUGACAAUUUAUUAUAUUUGUUUCAUGUGCCUUUCUUUUGUGUUACUGUGGGAAUAAAAUAUU